AAAAAGUAUUCCGACAAGAACACUCAUACAAACAUGUACGCCAAGAUCGUAGUUGUCCUGUGCGCCGCGGGCAUCGCCUCCGCCGGCAACCUGCUGCACGCGGCGGCUCCCGUAGCGUACGCCGCUCCCGUCUCCUCGGUGUCAUACGCCACGCACACGGCGCACACCGGCCCCGUCGCCACGUACGCGGCUGCCCCCGUUGCGUCAUACGCUGCGGCUCCCGUCGCGUCAUACGCCGCCGCCCCCGUUGCCACCUACGCCGCCGCCCCCGUCGUCAAAUCCAUCUCUCCUGCCGUCUCCUACCAGAGCAUCUCAACCCACUCCGCUCCCGUCGCGUACGCCGCUCCCGCUGUGGCGCAUUACGCCGCUGCCCCGGUUGUACACAAGACCCUUGCGCCUGUGGCAACUUACGCCGCCGCCCCAGUUGUACACAAGACCAUCGCCCCUGUAGCCACUUAUGCCGCUGCCCCGGUUGUGCACAAGACGAUCGCCGCGCCCGCCUACUCUGCUUACCACUCUGCCCCCGUGGCUUACGCUCCCGCUCCCGCCGUGCACGCCUACCAGGCUGCCCCCGUAGCCACUUACGCCGCCGCCGCUCCCGUAGUCAAGACCGCUGUCACCUACUCCGCUGCCCCAGCUGUCUCCCAUGUCUCUUAUUCCAGCGCCUACGGCAACUACGGCUGGUAAACUAAGUUAAAACUGGUUGCGUUUUAUUAUUUAUUUUUUCAGUUUUAUAUCUAACUUUUGUAAAUACGCAAAUAUAAAAAGUGAAAAAUA